AUGGGCAGCAUCGUCGAUCCCAGUUUCUCCCAAAAGAACAAAGACCUCGACUACGAUGUCUUGAUCAUUGGCGCCGGCCUAUCUGGCAUCUACUCCCUAUAUCGCAUGCGGCAAUUAGGCCUACGGACGAAAGUCCUCGAGGCCGCCAGCGGUGUCGGCGGGACAUGGUACUGGAAUCGCUAUCCCGGCGCACGCUUCGACUCAGAAAGCUAUUCCUACAAUUUCUCAUUCUCGCAAGAAGUGCUCGACGAAUGGAACUGGUCAGAGCACUUCGCCUCACAGCCCGAGACACUCCGAUACUGCGAGUUCGUGUGCGACAAAUUCAAUCUCCGUCGCGAUAUGCAAUUCGACACGCGCGUCGUAGCAGCACAUUUCCAAGACGACACCAAGUCCUGGCUCGUGACAGACGAACAGGGAAACCAAUACACCUCCCGAUUCGUCGUGACCUGCAUCGGCAUUCUGAAUAACUACACAUUACCCAACAUCCCCGGCGUCCGGGACUACCAGGGCUCCGCAUUCCACACUGCCCGCUGGCCAUCAGACCAAGUCGAUUUCACCAACAAGCGCGUCGCAGUCAUCGGCACCGGCGCAACAGGCAUCCAAGUAAUCCAAGAAAUCUCCAAGACGGUAGGCGAUCUAACCGUCUUCCAACGAACCCCGAACUGGAGUCUCCCUCUCCGCAACGCACCCCUCACCGCAGAAGAAAUGAACGAGAUCAGAUCCCAGUAUCCAGAGAUUUUCCGAAAAUGCUCGGAAUCCUGGCACUGCUUCAUGCACGUCCCGGACACGCGCAGCACAUUCGACCUCACCCCGGAAGACCGCGAAGCCUUCUGGGAAGAGCUGUACGCGAAACGCGGGUUCGCCAAGUGGAUGAGCAACUUCGGCGAUAUCAACACCGAUAAAGCGGCCAAUGCGCUGUUCAGCGAGUUCAUCGCGAACAAGAUCCGUGAGCGCGUGCAUGACCCCGUCACGGCGGAAAUCCUGAUUCCGAAAUGUCACGGAUUCGGCACGAAGCGUGUGCCUAUGGAAACGCGCUAUUUCGAGGCUUUUAAUCAGCCGAAUGUGCGACUGGUGGAUGUGAAAACGAACCCCAUUGAGCGGGUGACCGAGACUGGUAUCCAGACGAAGGAUGAGACGUUUGAGUUCGAUAUGAUUGUGUACGCGACUGGGUUUGACGCUGUGACUGGGUCUUUUACUGCGAUUGAUUUCCGCGGUGUGGGCGGGGUGAAGUUGCAGGAUCGGUGGAGUGAGGGGCCCCGUACGUACUUGGGACUGUUCGUUGAUGAAUUCCCUAAUAUGAUGAUGGUUAUGGGACCGCAUCAGAUGUUUGGGAAUAUUCCGCGCAGUGUGGAAUAUGCUGCUAGUUGGGUGGCGAGGUUUAUUGAGUUUUGUCGAGAUCGGGGGAUUACCUUUGCUGAGGCUACGAGGAAGGGUAUGUUGGAUUGGACGGAGCAUGUGCAUAGAUGCGCGGAUGGAUUGCUUGCGAAUGAGGUUGAUUCUUGGAUGACUGGUAUCAAUAAGAAUCUGGCGCACAAGCAGAAGAGGAUUAUUGCGAGAUAUCAGGGUCCAGCGCCGGGGUAUCGCAAGCGUGCUGAGGAUGUGGCUGUGAGGGAGUAUGAGGAUUUGGUGCUGGCAUGA